GCUGAGCGGACUGACGGAAUGCAGAGUGAAGGAAGGGCGCUCAGCGCGUUCAACAGGACUUGGGGCAUCGGUCCUAUUCCAGAAGCCCAGGUCUUAGGUUCUUGGCAGUUGCUGAAGGCCAGAAAUCAUGGCGACAUCUGCUGUGUCAAGAAUCUCCGCCUCAGUUCAUACUGCUGCUGCAGCUGAUGCUGCCUGUCUUCAGGCUCAUGGCAACAAGAGGAGGAAUGACUCUCUCUCAAUGAUAAGCAGUCUGCGGAGUUGUAGUCUGGCUGCUUCGCUGAAAGCGUCUCCUUGUGUCUGGACUUCUGCUCAGAGAGUUGGUACUGGAGCGACUCUGGUUGAGUGCUCUGCUCCAUUUGGCAGAGAUGUGGACAGGGCACAAGAAUCUGCGUGCAGACAGGUUGGUGUCGUCCGUGCCAUUACUCUCCCUAGUGGAGGAGCAACGGAGGCCCCUGUUCUCGACAGCGUUUCAGACAAGCGUAACAUGCCGCUUCCUGACUUGCCACUCGACGAAGCUGAUCCUGAGCUUCAUGCGAUCGUUGAGGCUGAGAAGAGGCGGCAGUUUUGCGGCUUGGAGCUGAUUGCAUCGGAGAACUUCACAUCUCGAGCAGUAAUGGAAGCCGUUGGAUCCUGUCUGACUAACAAGUACUCGGAGGGUCUUCCUGGAAAACGCUAUUAUGGAGGCAACGAGUUCAUCGAUCAGAGCGAGCGGCUGUGCCAAUCUCGAGCUCUUGCAGCGUUUGGGCUUGAUCCUGAGACGUGGGGAGUAAGCGUGCAGCCCCUGUCGGGGUCGCCUGCCAACUUCGCUGUCUAUACUGCGGUCCUCCAGCCGCACGACCGAAUCAUGGGGCUUGAUCUGCCACACGGAGGGCAUCUAUCUCACGGGUUCAUGACGGCAAAGAGGCGAGUAUCGGCGACUUCUGUGUAUUUUGAGUCAAUGCCGUACAGGCUUGACGAGACGACAGGUCUCAUUGACUAUGAUGCACUGGAGAAGACAGCUGCCCUGUUUCGUCCGAAGCUGAUCAUUGCCGGUGCAAGUGCGUACCCGAGAGAUUAUGACUACGAGCGUAUGCGGAAGAUUGCGGAUAGCGUAGGGGCGUACCUGAUGUCUGACAUGGCUCAUAUCAGUGGUCUGGUCGCUGCAGGGGUCGUUGCAUCCCCAUUUGAGUGUUCAGACAUUGUCACCACUACCACCCACAAGUCGCUACGUGGACCUAGAGGUGGCAUGAUCUUCUACAGGAAAGGUUCGGUCCUGGGUACCGACCUCGAGACUGCAAUCAAUAAUGCCGUGUUCCCGGGCUUGCAAGGAGGUCCUCACAACCACACGAUUGGCGCUCUUGCGGUCUGCUUGAAGCAGGCUGCGACAGAAGAAUUCCGUUCGUACCAGAUACAGGUGAAGGCCAAUUCCGCAGCCAUGGCGGAAAGACUGAUGGAACUGGGCUAUUCCCUUGUGUCAAAUGGCACAGACAACCACUUGAUACUAGUAGACCUCAGACCGCUCGGCGUUGACGGUGCAAGGGUGGAGAGAGUCCUGGAUCUUGCUUCUAUCACUCUUAAUAAGAACUCGGUGCCAGGCGACAAAAGUGCGAUGGUUCCCGGCGGGAUUCGCAUAGGCAGCCCGGCGCUGACAACCCGCGGCUUUUUGGAGGAGGAUUUCCAAAGGGUUGCCGAUUUCAUUGACGAAGGCGUGCAAAUUGCAGUCAAAGCAAAGGCAUCUGCACCCGGUCCUAAGGUCGCAGAUUUCCUUCAGUACAUCGAGAGGGAGGAUUGUCCUCAUCGUGCCGACAUACUUAGCCUCAGAGAGAGAGUGGAGGACUUUGCCAUGACCUUUCCCAUCCCUGGGGUUGGCACAGAUGGCCUGAGCAGAUGAUCUUGAGCCUGAGUUGUCUCCAGGGCUCGCUUCCUAUGUAUCGCCCUUAACUUACAUCGAGCCACUUUCUUUCAUUUUUCCUGCUCUUAAAAACGCUGCUGGUCUGCCAUUGGUCUUCCAAUCUGAACCUAUCUUGUCUUGUCUUAAAUCUCUCUCUCUCUCUCUCUCUCUCUCUCUCUCUCUCUCUCUCUCUCUCUCUCUCUCUCUCUCUCUCUCUCUCUCUCUCUCUCUCUCUCUNCUCUCUCUCUCUCUCUCUCUCUCUCUCUCUCUCUCCAGUCAGCAGAAAUAGUUCGUUAGUAAAGCCCCUCACACCUCGUGACAUGGGUCCUUUGAGUCACGGAAUGAAGAAUUGUUUCUGAGAUGGCUGUUGUUGUUUUUUGUUUUUCUUUUCUUGUUCUCUCUGUUUACUUGCUGUUGUUGUUUUUUGUUUUUCUUUUCUUUUUCUCUCUGUUUACUUUUUUGUUUUUGUUUUUGUUUUUGUUUUGGUCUCCUUUUUGAAGGAAACCUUUUUGACAGAGUGUUUGAUGUGUUCUUUUCUCUGUGCCGGUUGGUGGUGGUUGUGUAGCGUGUGUCUGGCAUGUAACGUACUCAAACGUGCACAUGCACCGCAAGAGAAAUGUGCAAGAAAAAAAAAACAAUUUACCAGCAUCACGUUGCUUCCUUUUUGUUUUUUUUCUUUUCUUUUCGCUUUUCGGUUUUCCCUUUUUCAUAGUAAGACCAAGGACUGCUGCCUGCAUGUAUCCGUCAUGGUAUUAAAGUAUAGAUAUGGUUUUUCGGGCUUUGUGGCACUUUUCCUGGAAGUUGACAAUGAUUAGGCUUUGCCUAGACUAUAUAGGGCGUGUCUAUAGGAGAGUUCAGUCCAUCCAAGGUCGGUGCUGUUAGAGUUGGGUGUGUGGUGAUUUGUUUGCGAAUUUCGGUGAGUGGAACCUGGUUGCUGGCAGGACAGGACUUCAACAUGGGCUUCUUCCUACACCUGGUCCAGUUGGUGGAGCAGAAGGAUGUGGGUGCACUUUUCUCCUUCGUUGUUUGCUCGAGUCGAAGCCAUGGUCUCC